AGUGAAUGCAGGGUCCGGGGAGACAGGAUAUAGUGAAUACAGGGUCCAGGGAGAGCAGAUAUUGUGAAUGCAGGGUCUGGGGAGAGCUGAUAUAGUGAAUGCGGGGUCCGGGGAGACCGGAUAUAGUGAAUGCGGGAUCCGGGGAGAGCGGAUAUAGUGAAUGCAGGGUCCGGGAGAGCGGAUAUAGUGAAUGCAGGGUCCGGGAGAGCGGAUAUAGUGAAUGCGGGAUCCGGGGAGAGCGGAUAUAGUGAAUGCAGGGUUCGGGGAGACCGGAUAUAGUGAAUGCAGGGAGAGCAGAUAUAGUGAAUGCGGGGUCCGGGGAGA